AUGCCGCCGAAAGAUCCAGAAUUGUUGGAAUUGAGGAAAGAGUUGGAGGAACUUUAUAAAAAUCUCAAAGAAGCUCAAGGAAAACAAGCUGAUGUAACAUUGGAAAGCGCUUGUUCGGGUGGGGACCCACCAAAGGUAAAACUCAGCACGAAGAAAGUCCUCAAAGGACACAUCAACAAAGUCAACUCUGUGCAUUAUUCCGGUGAUAGCCGCCAUUGCGUUACCGGCUCCCUCGAUGGCAAACUUAUCAUUUGGGAUACAUAUACCGGAAAUAAAGUUCAGGUUAUUCCGUUGAGGUCAGCAUGGGUUAUGAGUGUGGCGUUUUCACCAAGUGGAAAUUUUGUUGCUUGUGGUGGAAUGGAUAACAUGUGUACUGUUUAUGACGUCAACAACCGCGAUACUUCCGGUGCCGCCAAAAUGGUACGCGAAUUAGCAGGUUAUGAUGGUUUCCUCAGCAGUUGUCGCUUUCUAGACGACAAAUCCAUUAUGACAGGUUCUGGAGACAUGAAAAUAUGUCAAUGGGAUUUGGAAUCAGGUCGGAAAACCACCGACUUCAAUGCACACAAUGGCGACGUAGUCUCCAUUAGUCUCUCACCAGAUGGCAACACGUACGUCACCGGAAGUGUGGAUAAAUCCUGUCGGCUUUGGGAUCUACGCGAACAGAAACCCAAGCAGACAUUUUUCGGACACACUGCUGAUGUUAAUUCUGUUUGUUUCCAUCCAGGUGGUCAAGCGUUUGCAACAGGAUCCGAAGAUAAAACUGCCAGACUCUUCGAUAUCCGCAGCGAUCAACAAAUCGGCUUGUACGAACCACCAAACCAAAGCAGUGGUUUUACAUCUUGUGCUUUGUCUUUGAGUGGACGUUUUAUUAUGUGCGGAUCAGAUGAUAACAACGUUCAUAUUUGGGAUACAUUAAAAAUGCAACAUAAUGGUAUUCUGCAAGGACAUGAAAAUCGUGUCACGUCCAUCUCGCUAGCACCCAGCGGAAUCGCGCUGGCUUCCUGCAGCUGGGAUCAACACGUCCGCGUCUGGGGUUAACACACAUGACAAUAUUCAACUCAUCAUUAAACUUUGAUUAGUUAUAUUCGCAAAUAAAACAUGAUAUACAGUAUAAUGUCAUCAUUCAACUCUCGUACUCGUACUUCGAUUAGAAUUUACCGAUUAUCACAUUCAACACUUUUCCAAAUAAUUGUUUUCAAAGCGUUAAUAUUUUUUGGAAUUAAUCUCGUAGAUGUGUAUGAAAUAAAUACAUUUAUAUGAAA